GACCUCAUGGAUCUCAUUGGGGAAGAUAGAAAAUGGAUGGUGGGGAGGAAGCUGAUGCAGAUGAAUGAUACACUGACUUCUGAAGAUGCAGGACUCCGGAGCAGCAAGAACUGCACUGAGCCAGCCCUGCAUGAAUUCCCCAGGGACAUCUUCUCCAAUGAAGACAGACGACAAGGAGCGGUGGUCCUCCAUGUGCUCUGUGCCAUGUAUAUGUUCUAUGCACUUGCCAUCGUGUGUGAUGACUUCUUCGUCCCAUCCUUGGAAAAGAUCUGUGAGCGCCUCCACCUCAGUGAAGAUGUGGCAGGAGCCACAUUCAUGGCAGCAGGCAGCUCAGCCCCAGAGCUGUUCACAUCGGUCAUAGGAGUCUUCAUCACCAAGGGUGAUGUAGGAGUCGGCACCAUCGUGGGCUCUGCUGUGUUCAACAUCCUGUGUAUCAUUGGUGUCUGUGGGCUCUUUGCAGGGCAGGUCGUGGCUCUCUCCUCCUGGUGCCUGCUAAGGGAUUCCAUCUACUACACGCUGUCUGUGGUCGCACUCAUUGUGUUCAUUUAUGAUGAAAAAGUUUCUUGGUGGGAAUCUCUAGUCCUUGUGCUGAUGUACCUCAUCUAUAUCGUCAUCAUGAAAUACAAUGCGUGCAUACACCAGUGCUUCGAAAGGAGAACGAAGGGUGCCGGGAACAUGGUCAAUGGAUUGGCCAACAAUGCUGAAAUCGAUGACAGCAGCAACUGUGACGCCACUGUGGUGCUACUUAAGAAAGCCAAUUUCCACCGCAAAGCAUCAGUGAUCAUGGUAGAUGAGCUGCUGUCGGCCUACCCACACCAGCUUUCUUUCUCCGAGGCUGGCCUUCGAAUUAUGAUCACAAGCCACUUUCCUCCCAAGACCCGGCUCUCCAUGGCCAGUCGAAUGUUGAUCAAUGAGAGACAAAGACUGAUAAACAGCAGGGCUUACGCCAAUGGGGAAUCUGAAGUGGCCAUCAAAAUCCCAAUUAAGCACACUGUGGAGAAUGGAACAGGGCCCAGCAGUGCCCCAGACAGGGGUGUGAAUGGGACCCGGAGGGAUGACAUCAUUGCUGAGGCUGACAACGAGACAGAGAAUGAGAACGAAGACAAUGAGAACAACGAGAAUGAUGAGGAGGAAGAGGAGGAUGACGAUGAUGAUGAAGGACCCUACACGCCAUUUGACCCCCCUUCUGGCAAACUGGAAAUCGUGAAAUGGGCAUUCACCUGGCCACUGAGUUUCGUCUUGUACUUCACUGUCCCCAAUUGCAACAAACCCCGCUGGGAGAAAUGGUUUAUGGUGACAUUUGCUUCUUCUACACUAUGGAUCGCAGCCUUCUCCUACAUGAUGGUGUGGAUGGUCACCAUCAUCGGUUACACCUUGGGGAUCCCUGAUGUCAUCAUGGGGAUCACCUUCCUGGCUGCUGGAACCAGUGUGCCUGACUGCAUGGCCAGCCUUAUCGUGGCCAGACAAGGGAUGGGGGAUAUGGCCGUGUCCAAUUCCAUCGGGAGCAAUGUGUUUGACAUCUUGAUUGGGCUCGGUCUUCCCUGGGCUCUGCAGACUCUGGCUGUGGAUUACGGAUCCUACAUUCGGCUGAACAGCAGAGGACUCAUCUACUCUGUCGGCUUGCUUCUGGCCUCUGUCUUUGUCACGGUAUUUGGUGUUCACCUGAACAAAUGGCAGCUGGACAAGAAGCUGGGGUGUGGGUGCCUCUUCCUAUACGGCGUGUUCCUCUGCUUCUCCAUCAUGACGGAGUUCAACGUGUUCACCUUUGUGAACUUGCCCAUGUGUGGGGACUAAUGAUUGGCCAGGCCACCUGCCGAGGCCCAGGUCCUCUUUUCUGUGCAAUACGAGACCCGGCCGCACCCGAGUCAUGCGGCCCCUCAAGGGCCGGCCGCAGCGUCCGUCUCUCCCGUGCUGUCCACAGGCCUCUGCUCCUGUCCUGGUGGCCUAGGCUAUCCCUGCCACCUCCUUUGCUCCAAGCUCCCUUGGUCCUACCUCCCACCCAGCCCCUCUCACCUGCCCAGCCCAUUCCUGUCUCCCCUCUUCCAUGUGAAGACCUGACAUCUACAUGAAUUUCCAAGCUCCAUUUUGAACAGUGACUGAGAUUCUAGAACAAAACUGGCUGCUAACUGGCCCAAGCCAGGCACAACUUACUCCAAUCCCUCCUCCUUUUUUAAGUUAUUUCACAGAAGACACCCUAAUUUAUGACCAGAGACUUUGAGGAAACAGGAGAGGGUCCGCUGAUGGCAGGAAGUGUCGGGAUUAUUUUGUUUCAGGGUGAUUCCUAGGUUACUGAGUUUAGGGAAUUGUUUUACUUGAGGGGGCUCUUCGUUUCUUUACUUUUCUUUAGAGACGAAGGAGUCACCUGUGUCUUCUCUCACUGGGCUCUGGCUUAAUCGAUGAUCCACAGAUUGUACUGUCUGCUGGGGGUGAAUUCCAGGACUGUUGGGAAUUUAACCAUUAGUUGAGAAACCACUGAGCAAGACCACCAGGAAUAAGUGCAUGACAUGACAUUUUUCUGCCCAAGGACACCUCACUAAAGUCCUGAAGGCAUCACUGGGGGUGGGGGGUAUGGUGUUAGAGAAAGAAACCUGCUUCACACAUGUUCACUAUGACCAUCUCUUUCUCACUAGAUUCUUUCUAGUUUUUCAAGCAAUAGUUCUAGCCUGCCUGAGGCCUUUGACAGGAAGGUCCUGGCUAACUGUCCAUCUAUAAGGCACCAGGCAGUCAACAACAGAAACUUCCCCAGCAUUUGAGUCCUUGAAAUGUGCUCUUGUUGCUUGGCAUUUGUGGUGACAGGGGAUGACCCAAGAGGCUAUCGCUAUUCUCUGGACAGAAGCUACAGACACUGGUUUCUUGGAAAAUGGAGAGAAAGCACAUUUUGCACAGAUGUCGUCAAUGAAGUCCCAAUUUGCCACUUGGUAUCGAGUACACUGGACCCUGACAGCUGACUCUUGAGCAAACAUUCUUCCUUAAAGGAUGCCACCACCAAGCUGGCCAGUUUCACUCCUCCCCUCCCGGAGGGAUGGCCAGGGAGGGAGAAAGCAGAGAACUGAUGCCUUGGAAACCACAGAAUGUGUUAACUGCAGACUGUCUCAAGGGCACAAGUUAUUGUGAACAUUUCACCAACCACCGCUCAGCCGCCCUGCUAGAUUUUCUAGAAUGCUGAAUUAUUAUGCAGAAUAACUCCACCAAGUUGAGACACACCCAUGCUUGUUACACUUGUAUUUAUUGAAACUGUGGAUUCUUGCCCGCCCGUGCUGUCCCUUGUAUUUACUUUAAGCACUGAUCACUUAUCACCCAUUCGGUAUGGUUUUCCCAAUCCCUUGUACACAUCCUGGUUUGAAUCGUAAAAAUAACCUGCUACAAAUUGGUUGAGUGUUUCUGUCUGAGGUACCAGCCUAGGGGCAGCAUCAACCGAGGACCAGGAGAGAAAAUCACCAAUUUGGGCUCUCAGAGCUAAGACACACUUAUUGAUUUGGUUGCACAUUUUGCACUGGUUUAUGGCGGUUGUUUUCUUGGACGGAUGGUGUAAAAUAAACUUCUCUGUUCUGUAUCCUCCCUGAAACACAGUGUAUUGCUUUCUUGGCUGGACUCGUACUAUUUUAUAGCAGGGAGAAUGACAGCAACUGCUACAGAGCCAGGUAUGUGUAGUCCCUACUCCUUCUGGCUGGACUCACCUGGAAGACUAAUUAAUAUGGCUAGCAACAACUACUGACUGCAAAUAAUGGGUCCUGUUUAAGUUGAAGGGAUUUGGGGUCUGUGUCAUCAGAACUCUAGAAUUCUGCUUGUAGCAGAGUACACAUGACACUGUGUUAGGAAUCCCUCCUUUCUGAUGGACACAAAGUAAGAUCAUCAGAGUCCUGCUGUUGUUUGGCAGGGGCCAAGUUCUCCAUCCUGACAUUAGAAGGUUUCAAUCAUAAAAGUUAGGAGCUUUCUGAGUUGUCCAUGGUAUCUGGAAUACCAGCCCUCAGGAGACUGAGGCAGGAUGGUCUGAAUUCAAGUGUUCAGCCUCAAAAAAGGAAGCAACAUGCACCUUCUGCCAAGCCAAUUCCUCAAAAGAGACAAUAAUAUGCAAUUACAAUAAGCCAUGUUCUGAUCCAAAGGACAUUCCAGAUCUACCAUUGUGCCUGAAAAGUCAACACAACUAACAUUGGAACUAGAAGAAAAAAAUGGGUACUGAGUCAUAGUAACAACGUAACUGCUUAAUAUAUAUUCCCAGGGUGGGAAUGUUGAAGGUGUUGAUAUCCUGGCAUUACGCUGACCCUGUCCCCUGACAACUGGCAGGGUAUGCACACCAGCAUUCAGGCAGAUACUUAGACAGCUCAAAGGGCCCUGUGUUGCGUGGCUACAUCACACAUUACGUGGCUGUGUACAGACUGUACGCUUGUGCAAGCUUUCCCUUUUAAGCGAGCGCCUCCCAGCUGAUCACCCCCUUCUAUCUCUGUCCCUGGGUGGCCAACACCUACCCCUCCCU